AUGUCAUCCAGCACCGUCAUAAUCCCUGUACCGUCUUCACUCGCCCAGAUCGACGUCUCUUCGCCCAUCCCAACUUCAGCAACGAAGAUUACGAAUCCCAACGCCGCUAAUGACCAGAAGUCACGUACCACUCUCCUGACUCCCCAGACCCUCCCCUCACAAACCCGCAAAUCUCUCCUCAAUCACCUCCAAGCGACCGACUCUAUCCCCACCCUAAACGACCUCCUAACCGCCACCCUCACCCAAUCGACCACCACAAAACCUCCCGGUGCCGCAGAAUGGUCAUCCCGUGUCCACACCCUGGCACUCGAACUCCUCCGCAGUGGCGCCUGUGCUCCCGCCUUCUCAGAGCUCAUGAAUGAGGUCACUAGACGAGCACUUUCUGCACCGCCGACUGAUGCUGCUGGGCUGCAGGGGGAGCAAGGAGCAAGAGUGGGGGUCGGAACGAUCAUACUUCCCAAUGGAAGUUAUGGGGAGGAUGGGCUGCCCGAUGUUAAAAUACCGAAGGAGGUGAUAGAGAAGGGUAUUGGAUUUCUGAAAGAGAGGGUGAGGGGAGACAUUGAGAUCGUGGAUGACGAUGGCAAUGAUAAGGAAGAGGGAGAGGAGUGA